AUGAGUGAAGAGAUUUCGGGCAUUGGCGCAAUCGCUUUCGCAAACGACAAAUAUUGGGUCGUCAAAUUAAAAUCAGAAAACAGCAACGUUGCCUAUUCGGUUUAUGUGCCGAUUGAAAUCGUGAAACACGCAAAAGUCGUAAACAAUGGCGAUUUGGUGCAGGUGACAGCGCGAAAAUGGGAACCUGGCCCAGAUUUGUCGUUCACGGGGAUCACUCAUAAAGCCAUGUCAGCCAAAUGGCACAAAAAGCCGCAAAUUUGCGAUUGUGUCGGAAAGAUUAUUAGCGUUGAUUCGAAAGGAGAGUUUGCCUAUAUCGAGUCACCCAACUGCGGAGGCAAAAAGGAAACGGUCUAUGCCACUCGAAACACUUUCCGACCGCCGUCGAAAAAUCUGAACAAUGAAAUUAAAAAUAAUGACACGGUGACGGCAAGGGCCAUUGAACAACAUGCGGCCGGAAAUCAGCGCACCAUCAGAUUCAGAACAACCAUUUUCACUUUUGGAAGGAACGGUAUAGAUGCUGAUGGUGGGGUAUACGAGAAGACGGCUAAACGGAAAAUCCCGGGAUUAACCACCGCUUCUCCAUCAGUUUCAAGGCCCCUACAAACAUCAGUGCCAUCGAAAACUCCGUCAAUAGCCGGCUCCAAAUCGAUGCGUGGAUCAUUGUUAAAUUCUGGAGUGAACGUGCCUCCAGCAAAUCAAAAGGCGGCAGGAUCGUCUGUGCUGACAAAAUCUAUGUUCAUUCCGACCCAUCCUUCAACCACAGAUGAGUAUGAAAUCGCAUACGAGAAGAUCCGUCAACUUAGUCACUCAAUCGCUGGAAAUCGCUGUAAUCAUUGUCUCACCCGUCGCUUCGAUCCGGAUCUCAAGCCA